AGACAGAGAUCGCAUCCUGAAAAGGAUCCCAUUGAUAGUGAUACGUCGGCGCCGCCAUGCAUCUUCUGGUUCUGAUCUUUGUGGCCUUGCUCGCCUCCCUCCUCCCCGCAUACGCCUUCCGGACUGCCACGAGCAUCAGGUUACCUACAUACGCGCCGCACAGCUCAUGCCUCAGACUCGCACCAGCGAGUGCAAGACACACAGUCCAAACGCAUAUAUCUCUGUCCAUGACCGUGUCUGUCCUGCAGAUCAUCCCUUUCCCCCUCCCCCUCCCCCCGGCGGCCGUCCCGCCGCCAGCCGCUGCAGAUGGCUCCCUACGACCCCGUCAUGACCAAUUUCCUGACCUCUCUGCAGGUCGUCGAGGGCGUCGGCCUCCUGUCCGCCUUCCCCCUGUCAGUGGUGGCUUACCGGCAGUACGGCGAGCGGCGGGCGGCUGUCGACAAGGCCGAGGCCAGGAGGGCCACACUUGAGCAGCAGAGGAAACAAAUGGAGCAGGAACGCGAGAAGGCGUACGUAAGACACCAUCCCCUUCGCCCAAUUGCGCAUCCAUCUAUCCAUCCAUCCAUUGAUCGGUUGAUGUGCAUUCUAUUCAUUCAUCCAUGUGUGUGUGUGUUGUGUGUGGUGCAGCAAGGCGGAUCUCGAGGAGUUGCGCCGGAAGCGUGCUGCGGAUGCGGAUGUGCGGAUCGCGAGGACGCGGAAGGAGCUGGAGCGGCAGCGGCGGAACAAGGAGAUGGCCGCCGAGGCCGCCAAGGCUGCUGAAAAGAGCGCCACAACCGACAAAUCGGGAAGGUGCGCCAGCCUUGCCCAGCACAGCACAGCUUACCACAAAGCGCACAUACACAUACAUACAUGGGAAUGUGUGCAUGGCAUGGCAUGGCAUGGCAUGGUGUGUGUGCAGGAAAGCCGUGUUUUUCAAAGAGGGGUCAAAUGACGAAGGUGUGCUGGUGGAGCGAGGCGGCCAACCUGCUGCUGCUACUGCUGCUGCUGGUGCUGCCGAUGUGCCAGCGGCCACCCCACUCUUGCAAGACACCACAGCAAAUGUCGCAGCAGCAGCAGCAGCACAACCGCAGCCAGAGGCCUCCGCUUCUGAGCCAGUUGUGACGUCAGAGACCACCGCCUCUACUGAGAGCCUUGAGGACCUCCGUAAGCAACGUGCAGAGGAGAAGAAGCAGGCCGCUCUCAAGCUAAUUGAGCAGAGCAAACAGAGGCAGCAACAGAGAGCUCAGGUAAAUCCAUCAAUCUACACACGCCCCUCCCUCCCCCUCCACCACACCUACACUACAAGCCCUGUCUGUCUGUCUGUCUGUCUGUGGUGUGCUUAGGGUGAGGAGGUGACGCCAGCGUCGCAGACGCUAACUGACGCACCCAGGAAGGAAUUCAAGUCACGACGGGCGGCCAGGCGGGAGGCCCAGAGGGCGGCACACGAGGAGGGAGAGGGCGAGGGGGACGGUGAGGGUUUGGGCAGCGCUGUGGCCAUCCGUGUUGGCUCGCAGAGCAUCGAGGAGGCCGAGGCGGCUGAGGCGGAGAAGAGGAGAAAAAUGGCGGCGGAAGAGGUAGCGGAGAAGAGGGAGCCGGUGCAGGCGUAGCGAUUGAUUUGUCAUGUGAUGGUAAUGGAUGGAUGGAUGGAUGCACUGCUUUUUUCAGUGUGUGCCGAGUGUAUGUGUCUGUGAGGAGAGAGGACUUUUAAUCUCCCUGUGCAGCCGAAGGGGAGAUUUUUCGACCUGCGUGGUGUACUGGCCGGGUGUGUGCCUUCCGUGUGUUGAUGCUACUGUGUGGGCGGGCUUCUGUGGCUGCUCGUCUCGCCUUCCUCUUGGACAGGUGAGCCGCCACGGCAUCCCGGUCGUGCGGCAGCAUCACCACAAAUGGGCCACACGAGCUUGAGGGGUGAGAUCUGAAAUGCUUUCUUUUGUUGUCUCACGAAUAGCUGAUGUUAUGUUGGGUCUCGCACCAGCGGGGGCGUUAGGGUGAUCGAGGUGAGCCGCUGGGAGCAGUCGGUAUGCGGCUCUCGGGUGACUCAUCUUGAUCAUGUGGAUGCCACGAGUGCGGAGUCCCCGAAUGGAUGGAUGGAUGCACGUGAGUCUGACUCGACAUUCGAACUCAUUCGAUAAUGAAUGAACGGACCUAGCGCCC